AUGUCAUCGAAAUGGUUCAAAGACGUGCCAUCAUAUUCGCCAAUUUCGACAGGCCUGACCCCCGAGAAGAAACGCUCACAUAAGGUCGACGAUUCCCUCCAGGUUUCAUCUCCACUAUCCGAUCCCCCGCCAUCGUCCAGUAUAUCAUUCCAAGGCUUCUCGGCCCCAACACCGACCCCGAUUCCGGAUUCCCCCAAUGGUCCCGAUGCCCAGCUGCAUGCAUCACUAUCCAGAACCCUCUCUGAUAAUCCCCUGAGAUCAUCGGCACGCGAGGAAAGCUUCCAAAGUACCGAUUCGACCGUUCCACCCUCUACUCUGGAUAGUAGCAGCUCCCAGCGCAUAAUCAAAGGGGGCAAGGAGAUCGUCAUAAGCUCCGAUGGCGAGGAUACAGACUCCAUCUCAGAUCUUGACGAUCCGUCUACGCUCUUUUCUUCGACGCCGGAGCCAAAGAAAGAGCCCACCAAGAAGUAUAAGAAUAAUAUCGACGAUAUUGUUCAUGACGCGGUGGAUGACACCGAGAUAGAGGCCAAAGUCGCCGAGGUCAAGGCAGGCUUGGCCCGAUCUAAUGGGGAACGAGCCACGUCCAAGCCUGCAAGAGACAACACAGCAAUCAGCGAGCGCAUGUUGAGCUCCGCAUUAGGCGAUACCCAAGAAGAAGAUGGAUCUGGACUGCAACGUCUUCUGAAUGCUGUUCGGAGAACCGAAGCCCUCGACCACGACCGAGUCUGGAGAUUCUUUGACCAAGUUCCGACGACGCCCGCCAGACUACAGUUUCCUAACGGUCAUUUCCCGCCCGGAUCCAAAUUGGCAGCGCUUAGAGAGCCUGAAUCUCGUGUGCGUAUGAUUCAAUCGGGCAUUCUCGAAUGGGCGUCUUCGCUAGGACGUUUACCAAACGAGUUCAUUCUUUGGCUUUUCUGGUCCGUUCCAACCGAGCCACGGGAGGAAAUAAGGAAAGCCUUUUGUCGAAUCAUCGUGAACACCCCUCCCAAGUGUAUUCAAUCGCAUAUUCAUCCCGACCACAUUGACUCUCUCUUCCAGCAAUUGGGAGCUAAGCCUCAAGCCUUAGAUCUCUCCAAUGUCGUCGAAGAAUCCGCUGAUCAAUCCCCCUCGGACUCCCACUUCAAAGACCGUCCAAUUCUACUCUCUGUUUUUAGUCUGCUCCAAGAUGCCUCAGAGCUGUUCUCACUUGAUGUUCGGGCGCAUGCGAUCCAUAUUUUGUUACGGAUUUCUCUAGACAAUUCAUUGACACAGGACUUUACUAUUCAUACAAAGCUACAGAGUGCUUUGACCGCUCUGCUGGAACAUGUUUCCGAAGCGGAGAUAGAUGACAUGGAGCGUCAGCUUGGUACAGCUCUCUACGACACCGUAAAAGACCCACAGUUCCAAUGCCGCAUGAUACAACAUAUUCUCCCCACCUCACCCUGGAUCUCGCUUCUGCGAUAUCGCCUAGCUGUUUCAUUCCUGCUUCAAGAGCCAACACCCCUCACUGAACCAGUUGAAGAGGUUCUCGACCUCAAACGGCUUACUCAUAUCAUUCGCGACCCACGAUUUCAGAUAAAUAUAAAUAUUGGGACAAGGGCCGAGUCCGAGUCCGAUUAUGGCGAGCUAAUCGCUCUCACCCAGCUUUUGGAAGUGGCCCUCAACAGCACACUCUAUGAUCUCAGAUACAAGGAGCAGGACACCGAAAAAGAGUUCAAUGCCGCUAUUGAUAAGCUUGCAAGCCAACUCAAGACGAAUUUUAGCUCCAUGAAGGAAUGCGGAGCAUCGCAUCUCAAACGAAUGCUGGCGAAGGGAGCACUGGAAACCUUGCAUUACCGACUUGUCUACUCAGUUCGAUCUAAGCCACCACCGAAGAAAACACCCUUCCAGAUACAUGCCAAGGAAGGAACCAGCAUCAAUUCUUACUUCAAUAAAAAGGACACUGGAGGGACAAAUGGAGAUACCACUCGGAUACCCAUACGGGGGGGCAUGAUUAUACGGCAUAGCUUCGGCUAG